GGGAAGGGGCGACGGCAGGGGGGAAGGCAAGCGAUGUCACCGGGGAGGGGGACAACGACGAGGCAUUGGUGAACAGGCUGCAUCAGCGGAAUACGCGGGAAGGAAUGGAGGCAGCGGCGAAGCUGUGGGUGGAUGACCUCCGCUUCUGGAACGAAAGGGAGGGAUUUGCCAUCGUGAAGUUGAUCGUGGAGGCGCGCGGGUAUCUUGUGGCGGUGGCGCGGGGAGAGCAGCCUCCGGCCAUUCGUCGCAGCAUCGUCUUGCCUCACAACAGCAUCGCGCAGCAGAAUAUCGUGGACGAGUCAGAGUUCAACGCUGCGAAGGAGAGGGUGGUGAAGGUGCAGGGGAUCGCUUUGCAGGUGAUACACGGGUGGGUCUUCAAGUCUCAGAACAGGCAACGGGGGUACCACGCGACGUACCAGUACGCACUGAACCACACGGCCACCGACAUCGCCCGCGCCAUGUGGAUGGGGGAGGACUGGCGUUAUUGUGUGAGCCCCAUGAUCGUCCACCACACGCUCGACAUGGAUACGAAGCUGCCAUUGUGGUUUGCGGGCGCCGACAUCGAAGACAGGCAUGAGGACGACGGCUUGGCGGCCUAUCAGGGGGCGAGCAUCCAGCGACUGGUGGGGGCUUUCACGAGCGCCGUGAUCAUUGCGGAGGCGACGGACAGCGGUCGGGUAUCGCACGAAAGGUUGAAGCCCAUGGCCGACGCGAUGUGGAUGAUGCUCGCGGCGAAGCUGGAUUGGCUGGGCACAGGCCCCCCGGAAGACAAAGACGACGGGAAAGGCGACGAAGAGGGAAGCGGGGGGGGUCGAUGACACGUUUUCGUCAUUUAUGUUGUUUUUCCUCGCGCGCUGCUGCUCUGCCGUCACUUGUUCGAAGACGGCAGACCCACCGUC